UAGCAUUGCUCAAGCCCACCCACUACCCACCCAUGCACAUACACAUGCACAAGCAUGUGCUGUGUUAGUUUAGAUGCCAUGCUGGUUUAGGAUACAUAAUUACUCAUAUCAGUCUACCAUGAAUUGGCCCUGCAGAUGGGAGAUGCUCCUUAUUACCUUGUGGAUACAAGUGGGAUUUAUGCCUGGCAUACAUUGCAAGGAUGGGACAGUCGGUCAUCUGUUAAGGGAAGCAGAUGUUUUACUCUUAAAGGAUGAGCAGGAUCCUAAAUGUUUCACGCGGACACAAGAGGAUUUCACUUGCUUCUUUGAGACUGCAGACAACAGAACUUAUGAUUUUCUCUAUGUCUUCGACAGCCAAUCUGGAAAGAAAAGGUGUGACAUGUCUGUUCAGGCAACAGAAGAGGGAACUUUCCUCUACAUCUGCUCAUUUCCUGCCGAGGAUGUUUUGUUGUAUAUUUGGAUACACCUUGACGUGGAGGUACACAACACCAGCACCAUCCUGUACAACCGGACUGUCGCUGUGGAGGACCACACUCUCCUGGAUCCGCCAUUCAAUGUGUCUUUACAACAAAAUGGCCAAGUAGGGCAACUGCAGGUCUCAUGGCACACAGAUGUCUCAAAAUACAUGAAAGGCAAUGUGAUGUAUAGGAUUCGUUACUCCUCCAAGGGGCUGGGAGAGAAGACAAAAGAUGAGGCAAAGGAGGGUGACGUACUAGUCUCUCUGGUACCAGGGGAAGAGGUUGAGGUCCAGGUCACUGUCAAAUGUGCCCCUAAUACAAAUGCAGGACACUGGAGCAGCUGGUCACACCCUGUACGAGCCAUGGUUCCCCAAAUGGCAGGUGAUGUUUCACUCGUGUGCUACACUUCUGACAUGCAAAAUAUCACAUGUCAGUGGAAUACGAGCAGAUAUGGUGAAAAGAAAGAGUACAAACUUUUCUACCAGAUGAGUCUCAGUGAAGCUUUGGGCUGGACAGACUGGACUGAGUGUCAUGCUGACAGGAAAUUGACUGAGCUGUGCCGUUUCCGUGGAGAUGAGUCCAGAAAAGUCAGGAUCAAGCUCAGCGGCACUCCAUCUCCACUCAGCAGAACCUUCUAUAUUCAAAAGUUCACACUCAACAACAGCAUCAAAACAUCCCCACCAAGUCAUCUGAGAGGAGCACUGGAGAAAGAUAAGUUGUGCUUGAAAUGGGACGUUCCUCUUCAGUCUCUGUCAGAUCACCUGCAGUAUGAAGUUGACUACCAGAUCAGAGGGGGUGAAGCAAGGAUGAGGGUAUCCCCAAAUAGACCUUGUCUAGAGGUUCCAAUAGGUGGCCGGUACAGUGUUAAAUUACGAGCUAAACCUAAUGGAUCCAUUUACUCAGGCGACUGGAGUGACUGGUCAGAUGUGCUUACUGGUGACCCCCCCACAAACAUAGGCACUUUACUCAUGCUGUGUAUCCCUGUCCUGCUGCUGAUAACUGCUAUAAUCCUCCUCUCUUUAAUUUACACUCAUCUCAGUAAGCUUAAACAGUUUUGGCCGCCGGUUCCCAACCUUGACAAAGUCCUGCAAGGCUUUCUAAAAGAGAUCAACGGGCAGAGAUGGAAUCCUCCGAUAAUGGCAAAGCAGUGCUCUGAGGAAACCACUUCAUCUGUGGUGGAGGUGAUGUCAGAAGAGGUUUCUGUUGGGAAGCCAUCAGAGGAAUUCACAGAGUUCCUGUUGCCAGAAAGUGGCUUCUCCAGCAAUGAACAUGUAGAUGGAAGUCCUGGGACUGAAGUCUUUCCGGACUAUGUGACUCUGAGCAAAGACAGUGUUAUUGUUUGCCCAAAUGGAAACUAUGUCUGCAAGCAGGUUGGAGAGAAAGAAGGCCCAGAGGUAAGAAAUGAGCUCCUCCAAAAUGUCACUCUUCCUGCACUAAUGGCUCAGUUUUCACCCCACUCUGCUUAGGCACUGACUUUCUUAACCAUUCCUACUUUCCUCUGGCUGAGCCUGC